AUGGGCUGUCGGGAUGUUCAUGCAGCCACAGUCCUCUCCUUCCUGUGUGGAAUUGCCUCCGUGGCAGGCCUCUUUGCGGGGACUCUGCUUCCCAACUGGAGAAAGUUAAGACUGAUCACGUUCAACAGAAAUGAGAAGAACCUGACUGUUUACACAGGCCUGUGGGUGAAAUGUGCCCGAUAUGACGGGAGCAGUGACUGCCUGAUGUACGACACUACUUGGUACUCAUCGGUUGAUCAGCUGGACCUGCGGGUCCUCCAGUUUGCCCUGCCCCUCAGCAUCCUGAUUGCGAUGGGUGCCCUGCUUCUCUGCCUGAUUGGAAUGUGUAACACAGCCUUCAGGUCCUCGGUGCCCAACAUCAAACUGGCCAAGUGUCUGGUCAAUAGUGCAGGCUGUCACCUGGUGGCUGGGCUGCUGUUUUUCCUGGCAGGUACCGUGAGCCUCUCCCCAUCCAUUUGGGUUAUCUUUUAUAACAUGCAUCUGAACAAGAAGUUCGACCCAGUCUUUAUGUUUGACUAUGCAGUGUAUGUCACUAUUGCUAGUGCUGGGGGCCUGUUUAUGACUGCCUUUCUACUGUUUAUUUGGUAUUGUGCAUGCAAAUCUUUGCCUUCUCCUUUCUGGCAACCACUGUAUCCCCAUCCUUCCAGUAUGCAUACUUACUCGCAGCCCUAUUCCGCACGCUCCCGCCUCUCUGCCAUUGAAAUUGACAUUCCAGUAGUUUCACAUACCACCUAAUGGGAAAAUAGUUAAUUGUUAAAGAAAACUCUUUUUGUAGCCUCACAUUCCCCUUAUGCACCACCUACCACCGCAAGGAGCUUUUUUGGACCUGUGUGUAUUUUCUUUUGUUCCUGACCAAUCAUUGAAGCCAAAUUUGUAUGUCCUGGUAGAAUGAAGUGCUGCUAGUUGUUACAAGAAGAACAUUAUUGUAAAUGUGAAUCAUUCCUUUUAUCUUCUUACACUGGAAGGAUUUUUAAUCUCCAUAUUGAUGAUUUGGUCAGUUAUUUAAGUGGAAAAGACCUGUGUCUCCGUUGAGGUGAUUUAGAGUAACAUGGUAAAGUAAAAA